AUGGACACCAUUGAACCAGAUUUUAUUGAAACUGAGACUGGUAACGGUUACGGUUCCACUUUAUCCACUUCUGCUAGAGGAACGUUAGAUGAAAGUAUCGUGUCCACUUUCAAAAGAGAUUUCCAUGAGAUCAAUGAUAAAUUAAAGAAAGUAGUCUACCCACAUUUCCCAUUGGGUUCACCAAGUGCUCAAGAUCAACAUGUUUUCCAAGGUACCGACCUCUGGGCCCCUCUAUGUUUCAUUAUACUAUACUCGUUGUUCUUAUCCAAGGGUCGUGGACGGUUUUCCUCGUUUUUCAUCACUUGUUGGCUGGUGAUCAGUGCUAUGGCCACACAUUUGAAACUUUUGAAUCCACAUGAACCAAUGUCUUGGAUGUCAUAUUUGUCUCUUGCAGGUUAUUGCAUGUUCCCGCAAGUGAUCAAUUCGUUGGCAUGUUCAAUUAUCUUACCUUUAUUCAAUAAGAUCCCUAAAGUUACACUUAUAAGACUAAUAGUGAUAGCAAGAAUCGUCUCGUUUGCACUAUGUUCGUCAUGGUCAAUAAUAUCAAUGUGGAAAGUAUCGAAAUCCCAGACUUUGGUUCAAAAAUACCCAUUGGCUUUAUGUUUAGUAACGCUAGGUUGGUUAUCUGUGAUUUGUUGA